CUUGCUUGCGGAAGCCCUUCCAAUUCCCACCAAUUCGUCUCAAUCAUCCGCCAUAGUCGGGUGAGACGGCAGCGGCUGGAGGGGUCCAUCGAUCAACAUUGGGGGAGACGGCGGGAGAUAUCUCAGAGCCGACUCCGCAGCCUCUUCUCUCUCCGCCUCUGCUUCCCACUCAAUUUCAGUUGCCAAUGGAAUUCGUCAGAUUGCAGCCGCCGCAAGCAGGGUGGAGACUUGCGGUGGGUGGAGGGGGUUUCAACGGUGGCGACGGAUUUGAUGGCGGAGGAUUGAGGAAUGCGAUGGUACUUCCAAAAUAGAGGACAAUUGAAAUGGGAAUUGUCUUGUGAUUAAGACAGAGCCUGAGAGCCGUACGCCACCGCAAGAGCAGAGCGACGGAGAGGACACCGUCGUCUCAAAGAUCCCUAUCUUUGUCUAUUACUCAUCCAAUAUUGCUGCUGCUGCGUGUAUAAAAAGAGUGAAAGUAAAAUGCUACCUCCAUUAUAUGAUAAUGAUGAUGAUGACAAUGGUGAUCAGCAGGAAGAAGCAGCAGCUGAUGAUCGCCACAAUGAUCAUUACUCUCGCUAUUAUGGCACGGCGGUUAAUCAGCGAUGCACGGAUCAUCAACAUCACCAACGCGCUGAAUAGCAAGAAGAUACUGAUAGUCCAUUGUAAAGCCCAAGACCACGACGUUGGUGCCGGCGCCAUGAGCUCCGGCGAGGUCUACAGUUGGAGUUUCGAGGACGUCCGCGGCGUCCCGCGGGGACCUUACUGGUGCCGCCUCGCGUUGGAUGACAAGCGUCUUCACUUUCUGGCCUACUUAGAGAGCGGAUACGGUGUUGGGUACGCAGUCACGGGAUACCAAGCCAAUGAAACUGGGGUUUAUGGCCCUGAUGAUGAGCAUAAUCAGUGGAAGCAAAUUGAUCAGUUCCAUUGAAAAACCCCCCCAUGGAUCAAUCAGUAGUAGGCCUUUCUUCUUCUAUUCCUGAUUUUGGUGGGUUUAAAAUUUCAGCCAACUUUCUUUUUGUCAUGCUAUAAAAGCUGUUGUAACUCUUCUCGGCUUUCUAAAGUUGCUGUUGAAAAGAAGGGGGGGAGAGAAGCAAACUUCAGCUCUUUCCUUUUCUCUUCAAAAGAGGGAAACAACUAAUCUCUGUCCCUGUUUCUUCGUUACAAUGUUCCGUCUCAGAAUCAGAUACAGAUCAUGUGACCACCAAAAGGGUCACUUCUAACAAGCAAACUACUCUAGAUUUUUUUCUCCCACGCCAUUGAAUUCGUCAUAUUGCAGACAACUUGAUCGUUGACCCACUAUUCAACAGCUACAAAGUUCAAAGAUCAGCCAUAUUAUCAACAAGUCAUUACUCUCCCUCAUUGCCUGGCUCAUUCCCAUCAGUCUUUGAUGUUCACUCUACACACAUAUAUAGACACUGCAUCACAUUUUAGCAUUACUCAAUGUUUCUAUCCAAGAAUAAACGCAGUUUGCCCAAUCAACAAUUCAACAGUGUUCUGAAACGAUAUAUGGAACAUCAUAACCUUGUCCAAAAGGGUUAUAGGGAAGAAGCGUAGAACCUUUACAAAAUCUGAGCCCUAGGGACAUCCUUGUUUGCUGCUUUUAAUAGCUCGAUACGAUCUCGCGUAGUGCGAUUCUGUUCUUCUGCCUGGUAAAAAGAAAACUGUCAGCAAAGAUUUCAUAUUCGUAUGCCUAGGAAACUGUUCUGCAUGUGAUCAAUUGCCAUCCAGAACAAGGCAUGGGUGCAUUCUAAAGCAUCCUUAGAAUGGAAUUAAAACGACAAUUAACA